AUGAGCUCGGCGUCUCAGCUGGUCGUGUGCCCCAGCUGCCAGAUCCAGCUUCCGCUCGGCCAGCUCAACCCGCAUCUCGACCGCUGCCUCUCGGACCAGCAGCCUAGCUCCUCGGCCAGCACCGACCAGUGGAACGGCAUCUUUGGCGCCAAGACGGGCGAUAGUACAGGCAUUUCGAGCGCAUCUCCGCGUGGGGUCAAGCGACAGAAUGGCGCAUCCAACGAGCCCGCACGUUCUCCACCUCGAGUGUCAGAACAAGCAGCGUCGGAGGCUGCCGGCAAACGCGCCCGAUCCGAUGCCGACGUGACGCCAUCUGCAUCGGGCUCGCGAACCACUGCCAACAGCCAUGCAAGCACGGCGUCGACAUCGCGAAGCCGCGUGGAUGCGGCCAGGCCGUUUGCGGAGCGCAUGCGGCCGCAGACGCUCGACGAGUACGUGGGGCAGAGCGAGGUGGUCAACGGACCGCUCAAGAUGCUCUUGCGCCAGGGCAAGAUCCCGUCGAUGAUCCUCUGGGGUCCACCGGGCACGGGCAAGACCACCCUCGCGCGUCUGCUCGCCAAAUCGGCCUCGCCCUCGUCUUCGGGCACAACAGCUCCACCCGCGCACCGGUUCGUGGAGAUCUCGGCGACCAACGCAGGCACGGCCGACGUGAAAAAGAUCAUGGACGAGGCGCUGCAUCGGCUGCAGCUGACGGGACAGCGGACGCUGCUGUUUAUCGAUGAGAUUCAGCGCUUCACGCGUGCGCAGCAGGACGUGUUUCUGCCGGCGGUGGAGAAGGGACAGAUUGUGCUGGUGGCUGCGACGACGGAGAAUCCGUCGUUCCGGCUGCAGGGCGCGUUGAUCUCGCGCAUGCGCGUGUUUGUGCUUACCAAGCUCAGCGUGGACGAGUGCGCGCAGGUGCUGCGCAAUGCGAUUGCGAGUGUGCAGCGCGAAAGCACCGGCGAGGGGGAGGUGGCGGGGCAUAUUGACGAGGAUCUGGUGCGAUGGAUCGCGAAUAUGGCCGAUGGCGAUGCGAGGACGGCGUUGGGCGCGUUGGAGCUGGCGCUGGAAACCACCGAUGCGCAACUGACGUCCGAGCAGAAUGUGGCGAGGCUCAAGACGGCGUUGAAGCGCACGGCGUUGCAGUACGACCGGACGGGCGAUAUGCACUACGACACGAUCAGUGCGCUGCACAAGUCGAUCCGCGGCUCGGAUGCCGAUGCGGCGCUGUACUGGCUGGCACGCAUGGUGUGUUCGGGCGACGAUCCGCUCUUUAUCGCGCGGCGACUCAUCGUUGCUGCAGCCGAAGACGUCGACUCGCUCGAGGCGGUGCAGAUGGCUACCGCCACGUACAGUGCGUGUCAGGUGGUGGGACUGCCCGAGUGCGGCGAGAAUCUGGCACAGUGCGUCGUCUUCCUCGCCGAGGCCAAGAAGAGCACGCGCUCGUACAGGGCGUGGAAGAAGGCCAAGGCGCUCGUCGAGGGCGGAUACAAUCAUCCGGUGCCUCUGCACAUCCGCAACGCCCCGACCAAGCUCAUGAAGCAGAUCGGCUACGGAAAGGAGUACAGGUACGAACCGAGAUUUGCGCAUCCGGUGCACCAAGAGUUCUUGCCGCCCCAGCUCAAAGGUACGCGCUUCCUCUCGCCACCGCCCGAACCUGCUCCCACGCCAAAGCAAGGCGAAGAGCAUGACGAAAAGGAGGAGCAGGGUAUGGGGAUACGAGCCAUGCCGAGAACUGCAGGCGUGGGCCCGGGAUCGUGCCAGCGCAUCUUUGAGCUGGGCGCGCGUGCGGUGGAUCUGGACCUGCUCGACGAAUGGGAGCGCGAGCACAACCAGGGCCGCGAAUGGUGCGGACGCCAACGCCUACUUGCGCUGCUCGAGCAGCAAGUCCAAGUGAAGCACGAACCGACGCCCUGA